AUGCCGGAGACUUACCUAGUGACCGGCUCUACGGGCAACAUUGGCAGAUCUGUGGUUUCGACGCUCUUAUCACUCGGCCAUAAAGUCCACGCGUACACGCGUAACACGUCUUCAAAGAGCGCACAAGAGCUUGCCUCCACCGGAGCCACUCUCUUCCAAGGUGACUUCUCCACGCCUUCCGCCCUCUCGUCUGCUGCGCAAGGCUGCAGCGGUAUCUUCCUCCUUACGAUCCCCGGCCCAGAUGCCCCCAAUUUCGCCAGCACCGCCCUGGAAGCAUUCAAAUCAUCCGCCCUUCCAGAUCCAGUGGUAGUCCUCAUAACUUCCAUCUUCAACGAUGAAAAGACGUCGAAGCUGGUGAACAGCCCAAACUCCGGCCUCCCGAAUAAACCGCCACACCCCUUCGUGACUGGAUACUGGGGUAUGAAUGACGCCGUCGAAACGGUUGUCAAAGAAAGCGGAUUCCCACACUGGACGAUCCUUCGACCGGCGUACUUCAUGUCCAACUACAAGGACUUCAAUAUACGGUAUAUCCACUGGCCGGCCCUGUCCACGGAGAAGAAACUCGUAGCUGGCGUGACGCCGGAGACCAAGUUCGAGAUGAACGAUCCCCAUGAUAUUGGUGUGUUCGCAGCGCAUGCGUUGGUGGGAAAAGGCCAGGAACGCUGGGAGCACAAAGGGAUCAGCUUGGCGAGCGAACUAUUGACGUUGGAGGAACAGGCCGCAGUAAUCAGCCGAGUCAGCGGCAUCGAGGUGACUGCAGAGUAUAUGGACGAGGCUGAAGCGGCCAAGUUAGCGGAGGAGGAGUUCACAGGGUAUAUGUGGUUUUGGCAGAAGACCUUGGGUGCCAAAGUCGAUAUGGAGGACAUGCGGAGUUAUGGUCUGAGUGUGAGCUCGUUCGAGGCGUAUUUGACGAAGCAUAGGGACGAGAUGAUCCGGGCUUUGCAUGAUACUAAGGAGGGGAAAGGGGGCCUUAGCACCGACGAUCUCCUCGCUGCAGCCGGACAGCAUGGGAAGUGA